UCAUAAUCAUAAUUUAUUAUUUCAGUACCAAUUGGAAUCUUGCCUGGUCCAGAUAAGAUAAUGGUAAAACCCAACCGUCAGGCUUUCUUACAUUGUGAAGUGUAUGGUAACCCAAAACCAGCCGUAAGCUGGCAGAAGUCUUCUCAGUCUGAUAUUAGAACCGGUGGCCGGUACGAAAUCUUCAGUAACGGUACCCUGCUCAUUCGCCAGGCCUCAGAAGCAGAUAUAGAUAGUUAUACUUGCACUGCUGAUAAUGGUGUAAUCACACCUGUAUGGAAAACAAUCAAACUUGAACUCAGAGAAAUGUUGGUGGCUAGAAUUGAUAAUGACAAUGGGCGUGUAAUGGAAGGUGGACGUAUAAAACUUACAUGUGAGGGGCGUGGCUACCCAACUCCCACAGUUACAUGGGAGAAGAUGGGACGUCCCCUUCAGACAGGUGGUAAUGUGUUCAUAAGUAGUGAUGGCCAGUUAACAAUCAGGGAUGUGUCAACUAGAGAUACAGGGUCAUACUCAUGCAUUGUCGCAAAUUCAGAGGAAAAGAUUGAAACCUCUACAUCUGUACAAGUUGUACCUAAAGUAAUGCCAGAUGAUAAGUGUGAAGAUAAGACCUCACAGAUGAAAUGUCGCCUGAUUGUCACGGCACGUCUGUGUGGUUAUACCAUGUAUCCUAAAGUGUGCUGCGCUAGUUGCAGACGACACUUUAAUGGAGAAUUACUCUUCAAAGACUUAUGA